AUGGGUCAGGAACAGAGCACCCCUCUCUCCUUCCUGCUUAGACAUUUUAAGGAGAUAAAAGAGAGGGGACAUAACCUCAGUGUAGAAAUCAAGAAAGGUAAGCUUAUAACAUUUUGUCAAACAGAAUGGCCCACCUUUGGAGUAGGUUGGCCACCAGAAGGGACUUUUAACCUUCCAACCAUUCAGAAAGUAAAAGACUUGAUACGUCUACCUGGCAAGAAGGGGCAUCCUGAUCAACUCCCCUAUAUUCUUGUAUGGCUGGAUGUGGUCAAAGACCCUCCAGAGUGGUUGGCUCACUUCCUUCCAUCCAGCCAGGAGCCAACUAAGAUCUUAGCCCUCCAGAAGGCCGAGACAACCCAACGGCUCCUCCCCUCACCGGCAGGAGAGAUGGGAGGAGCAGCUGCGGCCGCCGCAGGGGAAGGAGCGGAGGCAGGAGAGGAAAAUGAAAGUAACCUAGAAGGACCAGUGGGGAGGACUCGUGGCCGGACACAGAGGACAGCCAGUCCCUGCCUUCCUGACUCCACCGUGGUUUUGCCACUACGGGAGACAGGGCCACCUGAUGAUACAGGAAGCCCCAGACUCCAGUAUUGGCUAUUUUCCACCACUGACUUGUAUAAUUGGAAAACCCAAAAUGCUAAAUUUUCAGAUAACCCAAAAGAUUUGAUUCAUCUUCUAGAUAGUGUUAUGUUUACUCACCAGCCUACCUGGGAUGACUGCCAGCAACUGCUAACAAUCCUGUUCACAACCGAGGAACGAGAAAGAAUACAGACUGAAGCCCGGAAAUUAGUUCCAGGGGAUGAUGGGCGCCCCACUGUAAACGGUGAUUUAAUCAAUGCUUACUUCCCGUUGACCAGACCUCCUCAGGACGAAUGGAAUUACAACACGGCAGAAGGUAGGGGGAGGCUACGGGUCUAUCGCCAGACUCUAAUGGUGGGUCUCCGGGCGGCAGCCCGAAAACCAACUAAUUUGGCCAAGGUGUAUUCAGUCUUACAGGAAAGGAAUGAGUCACCCUCCGAGUACCUAGAGAGACUUAUGGAAGCGUUUAGACAGUAUACUCCCAUGGACCCGGAGGCACAGGAGAAUCAGGCAGCAGUUGUUAUGUCCUUUGUAAACCAGGCAGCACCAGAUAUUAGAAAAAAGUUACAGAAACUAGAGGGCUUAGAAGGGAGGAAUAUCCAUGACCUGCUCAGAAUAGCCCAGAAAGUGUUUAAUAACAGAGAUACCCCAGAAGAAAAACAAAGGCCCAAAGAGAUGACCAGAAUGCUAGUAGCAGUGGCAGAGGGAGAUAAAAGUAAGAGGGAAUGGAAGUCUAGACAGCCCCUGAGGAAAUUUGACAAAGAAAAUAGAAAAAGAAAUGAAGACUUACGCCAAGACCAGUGUGCAUAUUGCCGAGAGAUUGGCCAUUGGGCCAAGGAGUGUCCCAGGAAGAAGGGACCGAACAAACCCUGGAGGUCCCGAGAGUCUUCCAUGAUGGCCGCGGAGACUCAGGAUGAAUAGGGACGACGGGGUUUGGUUCCCCUCCCCGAACCUAGGGUAACUUUAAAGGUGGAGGGGACUCCAGUUCAAUUUUUGGUAGAUACUGGGGCCCAAUACUCGGCAUUGACUGAGUCUGGAGGAAAGGUCUCAACUAAUAAAUCCUGGGUGCAAGGAGCCACAGGAAUCAAACAAUACUCAUGGACAACAAAACGGACUGUGGAUCUGGGGGCUGGAAAAGUGUCCCAUUCUUUCCUGAUUUUGCCAGAUAGCCCAUACCCCCUUUUAGGGAGAGAUUUGCUAACCAAGAUCGGGGCACAAAUCCAGUUUCACUCAGAAGGCCCCAGGGUGACAGAUGCACAAGGCAAACCAUUGCAAGUGCUAACUAUUGCCUUGGAAGACGAGUAUCGCUUGCACCAACAGCCACAGCCUCAGGAUGAGGGAAUUGAUUAUUGGCUAAAGCGAUACCCCAUGGCUUGGGCAGAAACUGGGGGAAUGGGACUGGCAAAGCAUCGGCCAGCACUUUUUAUUGAAAUUAAACCAGGAGCUGAUCCAGUCAGGGUCCGACAGUACUCCAUGUCCAUGGAAGCCAGAGUGGGAAUAACCCCCCACAUCAGGCGUCUAUUGGAACAGGGAGUAUUACGACCCUGCAAGUCGGCCUGGAAUACACCCCUGUUGCCCGUCCAUAAGCCCAACUCCAAUGAGUAUAGACCGGUACAAGACCUCAGGGAGGUCAACAAGAGAGUUGCAGAUAUUCAUCCCACCGUGCCUAACCCAUAUACUCUUUUGAGUUCACUUCCUCCUGACAGACAGUGGUAUACGGUCUUGGACUUAAAGGAUGUUUUCUUUAGCCUGCCCUUGGCGCCCAAAAGCCAGGACCUUUUCGCCUUUGCGUGGGCAGAUGUUGAGAAAGGCAUAAACGGACAAUUGACCUGGACACGCUUACCUCAAGGAUUUAAGAAUUCACCAACCCUAUUUAAUGAGGCCUUUCAUGAAGAUUUGGGUGAGUUUAGGCGGAGUCACCUCGACCUAACCCUAUUGCAGUAUGUGGAUGAUCUCCUCAUAGCUGCUGAGAACCGAGAAGAUUGUAUCCAGGGAACGGAGGACUUGCUGCAGACGCUAGGGGAUCUCGGAUAUAGGGCAUCAGCUAAAAAGGCCCAAAUCUGCAGGCCCGAGGUAACGUACUUAGGGUACCUGCUUAAAGGGGGGCAGCGGUGGCUGACACAGGCCAGAAAGGAGACGGCCCUCCGAAUCCCAAGACCCCAAUCCCAACGACAAGUAAGGGAGUUCCUGGGUUUCGCGGGUUUUUGUCGGCUAUGGAUCCCUGGAUUUGCCGAGUUGGCGAAACCUCUAUAUGAUGCUGCCAAAGACCAACGGCAGUUCCAGUGGACGGAAAAAGCGGAGGAGGCGUUUCAACAGAUAAAAACCGCACUGUUGUCAGCUCCAGCCUUGGGCCUCCCUGAUGUUACAAAACCCUUCCAUCUAUAUGUGGACGAAAGGGGAGGGGUAGCGAAAGGGGUCCUAACGCAGUGCCUAGGACCAUGGAAGAGGUCAGUGGCUUACCUGUCAAAGAAACUGGACCCAGUGGCGGCCGGAUGGCCCCCAUGCCUAAGGAUGAUAGCUGCCACUGCGCUGUUAGUAAAAGAUGCAGACAAGCUAACCAUGGGGCAGGAACUGCUUAUAACCACUCCCCAUGCAAUUGAAGGUGUCCUGAAGCAGCCUCCUGAGCGCUGGCUCAGCAACGCCCGACUCACUCAUUACCAGAGCUUAUUGCUUAACCCUCCCAGAAUUUCUUUUCAGACACCUUCGGCCCUCAACCCGGCAACUUUGUUACCGGACCCUGACCUGGAAGCACCAUUGCACGACUGUUUGGAAGUUCUAGCACAGGUCCACGGGACCCGAGAGGAUUUGAAAGACCAGCCGCUGCCAGAUGCUGAAGUGGUGUGGUUCACAGAUGGAAGCAGCUUCAUUCACCAAGGACAGAGGUAUGCGGGUGCAGCAGUAACAACUGAAAUGGAAGUAGUUUGGGCUGAACCAUUGCCAGUGGGCACAUCGGCUCAGAGGGCUGAGUUGGUGGCAUUAACCCAGGUGCUGACCAUGGGCAAAGGGCGACUGACUGUGUAUACUGAUAGCCGAUAUGCUUUUGCAACUGCUCAUAUACAUGGAGCCAUCUACAGAGAGAGAGGAUUAUUGACUGCAGAAGGAAAAACCAUAAAAAACAAAAAAGAAAUACUGGCCCUGCUAACUGCCUUGUGGUUACCUAAAAAGUUGGCCAUUGUCCACUGUCCAGGGCACCAAAAACCAAUAGACUCAAUUUCCAGAGGGAACAACUUUGCAGACAAGACAGCCCGAGAGACUGCACUCUCAGGAACUCCAACUCUAGCCAUUUGCCUUCCUGAUCUGGGCCCAAGAACCCUGCCUGAAGACCCCACCUACACCGAAGAAGAUUUAAAAUGGAUCUCCAAAUUACCAAUGACACAACUGCUAGACGGAUGGUGGAGAGACUCUCAAUGCAACAUCAUCCUACCUGAAUCGUUAGGCAAGCAAGUAUUGCUCAGGCUUCACCGAAGCACACACAUGGGAAUAAAAAGAAUGCAGGACUUGGUAAGACAUACAGGGCUAAGAGUUAAGGGCGUUUAUGAAAAGAUAGAGCAGAUUGUUAAAGAGUGCAAAGCUUGCCAAUUAACAAACGCGGGACAUAGUCGCUCUGAGCCAGGGAACCGAAAGAGAGGAGACAGGCCAGGAGCUUACUGGGAGGUAGACUUUACUGAGGUUAAACCUGGGAAGUAUGGGUAUAAGUAUUUGUUAGUUUUUGUAGAUACCUUUUCAGGAUGGAUAGAAGCCUUUCCAACUAAACGUGAGACUGCACAGGUGGUAGCAAAGAAAUUAUUAGAAGACAUCCUACCCAGGUAUGGCUUUCCUGUAAUGAUAGGAUCAGACAAUGGACCUGCUUUCAUCUCCAAGGUAAGUCAGGGACUUGCUUCUGUGCUUGGGGCAGAUUGGAAAUUACAUUGUGCCUACAGGCCCCAGAGUUCUGGACAGGUAGAGAGGAUGAAUAGAACUCUAAAAGAGACCCUGACUAAAUUGACCAUGGAGACUGGCGGUGACUGGGUGGCCCUCCUUCCCUAUGCCUUGUAUAGAGUUCGCAAUUCCCCUUUUAAAUUAGGCCUUACCCCAUACGAGAUAAUGUUUGGAACACCUCCCCCCAUACUUCCCGACUUGUCUGAACGGCUCCUCAGGGACGAGGGGGAAGAUGAUUCUAAACUUUCAUUUUCUUUACAAGCCUUACAAAGGGUCCAUGAAGAAGUAUGGCCAAAAUUGAGGGAAUUGUACGAAACUGGGCCGCCACCAGUACCUCACCGGUACAGACCAGGAGACUGGGUACUUGUUAAACGCCAUCGACAGGAAAACUUGGAACCUAGAUGGAAAGGACCAUUCCAGGUUAUUCUGACGACACCCACUGCUCUCAAAGUAGACGGGGUGGCUACUUGGAUUCACCACACCCACGCCAAACAGGCAGACCCGUUCCUGGAUUUGAUUGAGCUCGCAAGCAAGGAAACAGCCUGGACGAUCGACCGGACCAAAGAUAACCCUUUGAAGCUGACACUGCGUCGUAAACAAAAGAACUGA